UCCUCUCUGCCCUCCCCAGCUUCUGCUGCCGGUGCUUCGACGGGCAUCACCAGUCACUUGGUGACGGCCGAACUCAACCACUCCUCCACAGGGUCCCUAUCCAGCCUCCGGCAUGCCAACAGCAACGGCAGCGUUGCCAGCCUCGCCAGGGCAGCCAUCACCAGGGCCAACACGCUGAGGUCCUCCGCCAACAACAGCUGUCCCUUGAAGUCAAGCACAAGUUCGAGCGCGGCGUUGAACAGGACUGGGAGCUUGGUCCGUCGGCAUGAGUCCCUCAGCAGGACGGCGAGCCUGAACAGCGAGGCGGAGGACCGGAGGCGGACGAGCAUUCUGAGCACGGCCACCGAAGAGAUCAACCUGGCGAUCCCACUCGACGGCGACGAAGAAGAAGAAGAGGAGCAGCAGGAGGUAUUAGCAGGGGCGGAGAGGACCCCCGCCUGACCAUCGUCAGGUCCAACAGCCUGAACAGCCUGGCCUUCACGCCCGUGAUCGUCUCCCAGCAGCCGCCGCGCCUGGACCAGCACGGAGGACCUAGGCCUAUAAGCCCCCUCCCGCCGACAAGCGUACAACUCCGACGGUCCGGUGCCAUGCCCGACAGGGCUCGGAGGGCCAACUACAGGUCCACGAAGAACGUGUCCUUCGAUUGCGAGACGCGGACGGAGACCUUCGAGACCGAGCUGACGGAAUCCGAGACGGACGAGAGGGAGUUCGUGCGUUUGAUGGGACACUACGAAAGGCGACCUCACAUGAGGUUGCCCCUGAGCCCCGACGACGAAUACUGUCCCCCUGGGAAGGAGGAGGAGGACCUCCUACCGAAGGUUCUGUGCUUCGCCCUGGCGCUCAUCAUCACCGGGGGAAUUCUCUACGGCCUCAACCUCCUCAUAUCUAGGAUGAAUAUGAAUCUCUUCUCGUCGUGAGGUUCCUCCUCCUACUUCGGUAGAUAAGUCGUUCAA